GAUGCCCAAAGAGCAGCACUCGAUUUUUCGUUCUCACCGCUCUAUCAACACAAUAUCUGGCAAAUGCUGAAAACCAAGAGAGGAAAAUUUACAUCAUGAAAUUGAAACACGAAAACUCUCGUAACAGAAAAAGACUUCACAGAUCAAAAGGGCGCGUAAGGAAUGGAUCUCUUAGCCAUAAAUGUUUGCAUAUCAACAACUAAACUUAAGAAAUUCUGAUCUUUCUGUAAGACUUUGCCAUAUCCAGGAACUUCAUAAAACUUUGGUUUAGAGCCUGAUUUAAGCAUUUUGAAUAUAUGAUUAUGGUCAGUCAUUAUCAUAAAUUUGUGACGAAAAACCCCCAACAUCUUUCAAAUGGCUUCUGUUAAUCAAGGCAAGCUGGUGCUGGACCAAGGUCAGAACGGUCAUUUCCAAUAUAUGACGUCAGCAGGACAGCAACUCGCACUAGCAAGGAAAACAACAAACCACCUACUAAAAACCCCAGCCAGUUUCCCCAUCACACAGUGGCAUCUCACCGUAAUUUCCUCCCAACUCCAGCCCCUAUUUUCCAAACUUAACCUUGCCCCACAUUUCUAAAUUAAAUUAUUAAAUUAACUUUUAAUUUACUGUUAAAAAAUAUUAAUUUGAUUUUUGUUUUAAUUUUGGGGGUCUGCGUUUGUCGUCUCCUGCUUUUAUCGUCUGUGGCGCACUUUCACUUUAAAAGUAAAAAAAAAAAAAAAAAAUCACUUCUCUUCUCUCUUUCAUUCUCGCCCUCUCUUUCACUCACCAUCUCUGCAUCAAAAGGAGAAAGACAGAAUAUUUAGCAUUUAGCAGCCAGGGAGAGCUCUCAAGCUGAGCGAAAGAGAGAAACAAAGAAAGCGAAAGGAACCCACAACAAUCCUCAAAUUCCCCUCUCCCCCAACCUCUUCUUCUCUGCUUCCCAACCUCCUCCAGCUCUCUUAUUAGCUGAUUUCAGGAACCCGAAAUUUUUCACGAGUGAGUGAAAAGAAAUGGAGCAGAUUAAGGCCACCUUCAAGCAGGAAGCUUGUGGGAUAAUUUAGGGCUGGCUCUGUUUUUUUUUUCAGUUCAAGUUUCUCUAGUAGCCCGCUUCCGAAAGGCUGUUCUGCUUUGUGGUUGUUGUUCGGAUUUCUACUUGCUUUUUCUUCCGUUAUCUGAUGGGUUGCGAGAGAAAGAUCGUACGGAACUUGGAUCCAGAGAGGAAAAGGAGCGGUGGGCUCAGGACUAAGCAGGCGGGAAGAGGGUCGUGUCGCGGUAGUUAGCCGCUAGGAGGAAGAAGAAGAGGCAAGGGGAAUGCUGAAAGUUCGUCUCUUUUUAUUCUGGCAAAGUAAAUUGUUUACUCUAGCUGCUGGUGGUGGUGUUAUCCGAUUUAGAGGUUGAUAGCUGCUCUGUUUUUUGGGGAGGAAAGUAAUUCUGCGAGAUAGUUUUUUGAGCUGCCAUGGGGGUUUUGUUGAGAGAAGUAUUGAGGCUGCUCUGCGGCGUCAAUCACUGGUCUUAUGCUGUGUUUUGGAAGAUUGGCAUCCAGAAUUCUAAGUUGUUAAUAUGGGAAGAUUCGUACCACGACUCUGCAUCGUCUUCUUCUCACAAGCCUGUCUCUUCCUUUGGAGAAUGGGAAGGUUUCCGUGGUACUGAUGCCCAGUCCUCAAUGCUGGGGCUUCAAGCUGGGGUUAAUGGUGUGGAUUCGCUUGUAAACAAAAUGAUGAUGGAUAAUCAGGUUAUCAUAGUGGGAGAAGGAAUUGUGGGGCGAGCUGCAUUUACCGGCAACCAUGAUUGGAUUCUUUCUAACAAUUAUACAGGACACUCUCAUCCUCCGCAGGUUGUUAAUGAGAUUCGCCACCAGUUUUCUGCUGGAAUGCAGACUAUUGCAGUUAUUCCCAUAUGUCCCCAUGGUGUAGUGCAGCUUGGUUCUUCAUUGACGAUUUCAGAAAACUCGGGAUUUGUGAAUAAUGUAAAGAGUUUGAUCCUGGAACUAGGAUGCAUACCUGGAGCACUGCUGUCUGAUAACCAUGAAGAAAAAGACUUGACUGAAAGAAUUGGGAUACCUAUUUCUUUCAGACAGCCCAUUUCCCCACAUUUCUCGAAGGUCCCAACUCCCACUUCUUUGCUGAGUGAAACUUUUAAGCUGCAAAACUUCAAAUCAUCGCACUCUUCAAAAGUUCCCUCUCAUCCCCAGAUUGGACAUUGCCAGGAUAAUUUAAAGUCUCCUGCUGCUUCCAUAAUUUGUGGGCCAAAUCUAACUGAUGGAGUAGCUCAAGUGAUUCCCCCAAUUCAUGAACCAUCGCUAAACCACUGCCGCACAUCAAAUUUCAGCUCCGUGACUGGAUUUCAUCAUCCUACCACUGGUCAUUCUGAUGCCAGCAACACUGUUUUAUCAUUACCGGAACAGCAGGUAGUGCUAGAAUCUUGUGGCCCCUCUCAUUUUGGAAAUACAAAGAAUGCAACUGACAGCUUUUCUAUGAUGAGAAUAAAGGGGAAUGUAAAUCAUUAUUCUAUUGGAGUACAUGGGAAUGUACAAACUUCAACUCCUUGUUUGCCCACCGAUUCAUCAAAUAUGGGGAGGCUUGCCUCAAGAAGGGUGGUGGAUCAACCAAGUAAUGGUGGCAGUGGUAUGCUUGGAGAUGAUUCUAAUUGCAGAUUCAACUCAUCCACCAAUUUUAAUCAUGGUGACAUUACAUCACAAGCAACAAUGCAGAAGAUGGAUAGAGAUCUGUUUCAAGCCUUGAACUUGCAGUCAAUCCAACUAACUGGGCAUCAAAGUGGAAGUCAAAGUACAAUUACAGUGAACAACGAAUUUACCAAUUCAUUUGCUGCUCUAUAUCCGUCUGGAGACGACUUGUAUGACAUCUUGGGGGUGGAUUUCAGAAACAAGCUAUUGGGUGGCAAGUUGAAUAAUGUGAUCACAGAUGGGUCUCAUCAAAAGUCUGAAACUAUGGUUGAAGAUAAGAAAGGUUCUGAUUUCUACAGCACUACCUUACCUGCAACGGGUACUAGUGACCAUCUUUUGGAAGCUGUGGUAUCUAGGGCCCACUCUAGCACGAAGCAGAACUCGGAUGACAGCAAUUCAAGUAGAACGACUGUGACCAAGGCAAGCAGUCCUUCUGUUCCUAGUGCGCAUCAUACGUAUGGCCUGGUUAGCGUGCCUGACCCGGUGAAAAGGGAAACUUUUGACCUUCCAGGAAGAGGUAGAACAACAACGGAUGACGUGGGAAGUUGUUCUCAGACGACUUCAUUUUAUGGAUCUCAGCUGAGUUCACUUGGUAGCCAUAAUGGGAGGCGGGACAAUAGUAUAUCAACAUCUGGAUUUCCCAAGAAGAAUGAAGAAUCAAGCAACAAACCUAACCGUAAGCGGCUGAAGCCUGGAGAAAAUCCUAGGCCUAGGCCCAAGGAUCGCCAAAUGAUCCAAGAUCGUGUGAAGGAGUUGCGCGACAUUGUACCAAAUGGAGGAAAGUGUAGCAUUGAUGCUCUUCUUGAACGCACCAUUAAGCAUAUGCUUUUCCUGCAAAGUGUUACCAAGCAUGCCGACAAGCUCAAGCAUACUGCGGAGUCAAAGUUUAUUAGAAAAGACGGCGGAGUACUCUUGAAGGAUAAUUUUGAGGGAGGGGCAACAUGGGCAUUUGAAGUUGGGUCGCAGUCUAUGGUGUGUCCUAUUGUUGUCGAGGAUUUGAAUCUUCCCCGUCAGAUGCUUAUUGAGAUGCUUUGUGAAGAGCGAGGUUUCUUUCUGGAAAUAGCUGAAAUGAUUAGAGGCAUGGGGCUGACAAUUUUGAAAGGUAUCAUGGAGGCUCGCAAUGAUAAGAUAUGGGCUCACUUCGUGGUGGAGGCAAACAGGGAUGUGACGAGGAUGGAAAUCUUCAUGUCACUUGUUCAUCACCUGCAGCAAACCACAAAGGGCAGCAGCACAUUAUCAGCAAAUGCCGUGGAGAGCAGCAGCAAUAUGAUGGCUCAGCAGCAUGGUUUCACCCAGGCUGCUGCUUCCAUCCCUGCAACUGGUGGGCUGAUUAGUUUACAGUGAAGAAACUGGCCCCCGCAAAAGUAGUCUUUCUGCAGUGCCGGGGAAUCGUUAAGAGCAAGCGCUGGUCUUCGCUUGCCAUGACUAGCAGGACUUCCGGUCCAAAGCUCUCUUGCUCUCUCUCACGACGGUGUACAUUUUGCUUGCUAACCUUCAUGGCAGAUGCCUAUAGGGAUCAAACUGCUGCAGCUGAUCGAUGACUCAAUCCUAUUAGCAAAGGACCAUGUUUUUGUGACAAUGUAGAAGUGAAGGAUGCAGAAUUCUGAUUUUAGAUUGUUGAUCUUCAUGGCUAAUCCUUCUGUAAGCUGGUUUGUUAGAAAGUGUGAGAAAUGUAUGACAUAGGGUGGUGGGGUUUAAUGAAGUGAAGUCAUGUUUGCCAGGGACUUGCCCUCUUUUCGUUCUCUUGGUUUUCAUUGUAAGUUCAUUAUUAGGGAUGAGCUGUGAGAUUCUUGCUAACCCACUGAAUCCUGGUUUCUUAAUCUGUUGAACUCUCAAUGUAGCAUGUAUGCUAGCAUGAUUGCAUUUGCCUAUUUGGCUUAGCUGAGGUGAUUAUCAGUGGGUCUUUGUACAGUAAAAAGUGAGUUGAUAUGAGAAGAUGAACAAUGAGUCUCGUGUGAAAUCAGGGUAUCUAGCAAGAAGCUUUUCUGCAUUCACUGUCGACAUUGAUAACUAUGCAAUUUGCAACGUGUGAUCACACAAGGUGAUAGGGCUCUAUUUCCAUGGAGUAAGGUUCAACAUAGUGUUUGUAAAAUCAAAUCGUAUCGGUCGUUCAACUUAGAAAACUUUCUAUUGGAGUCUAAAUCGAUAGAUAAGAUAUAAAACGUUUGAUUCACAUUUUUAAACCACGAUGCUUCAACCCCAUAGUUGGUCAAGGCAGAAGUAGCAGCUUGCGUGGAGUCCUCUUACAGAAGGGUGGGUACAGUUUUCAAACUGAUGGGCAGAGCACCUUGUAGCCCUUGUUGUGUUUGCUCGAUUUCCAGCAUUAGGGUAAAUAUCACAUUUGGUCACUGAAAUUAUUAAAUCGUGUCAUGUUUAGUCAUUAGAAGAAUUUAAAAUCAAUUUUGGUCACCCGAAUUACUAAAACAAGUCACAUUUAGUCACUCUCCCGUUAGUUUCCGUCCAACUUCAAUAAUGGAGUUUGACGGAAACUAACGGGAGAGUGACUAAAUGUGACUUGUUUCAGUAAUUCGAGUGACCGGAGUUGGACAGAGGAUCACGGGAGAGUGACUAAAUGUGACUUGUUUCAGUAAUUCGAGUGACCGGAGUUGGACAGAGGAUCACGGGAGAGUGACUAAAUGUGACAUGUUUCAGUAAUUUGAGUGACCAAAAUUAAUAUUAAAAUUUUCUAGUAACUAAACAUGACACGAUUUAGUAAUCUAACUAACCAAAGUCCAAAUAUGGCAUUUACCCUAUUAUUUACAUACUGUUUGGUAUAAAUGAAUUCCAUAAGUUUUGAGAAAUUCAUUUUGAAAUGAAAUCUUUUCGUGUUUGGUAUCCGAAAGAAUUCAUUUUCAAUUCUAAAUUUUGAAUUCUACGGAAUUAGAACUAGUUAUAGCAAUUCCGAGGAAUUGAGAUGGAAUUUCCAAAUGAAUUCCACAAGUAUUUAUUAUUUUUAAUAGAAUGAUAUAAUUAUCCUAUUUUAUGAACUAAAUUACUUAUAGAUAUGACAUACCAAACAUAGGAAUUCAUUUGACAAUGAAUUCUACACCGCAAUUUAUUGUAUUUCUAAAAAUUUGAAUAUGACAUACCAAACACAAGAUUUCAUUUAAAAUGAAUUCUACACGAUAAU